AAAUGUUCGAUUAUUAUCAUUAUUGUCACACUUCCACUACUACGUUACUUUUUACUUGCAUUAACUAGGCGACAAAAUCGGUGUUGUGUGCGAUAGUUUCCCACUACCUAAACCUGAACCAAACCUUUUACACAACAUGGUUUAUGGCAACAUCUCAAUACACAGGUUGAGUUCGGCGCAGACUCCUCCAGUCCAGUGGUGGCGCUUGACCAAUGCAUCCCAAACCACAGAGCCGACAAUGUCAAAAUAGGCAGAAGAAGAAACGGUUAGCAAUGGCGGUGAUUUGGCUGCGAAAAUAAACAAUCCAUCUUGUAAUUUCAUGCUGACGUGAUUAUCGCAUCAAGCCUAAUGUCAUAGCUAGCUAGUUGUCUAGGGUUUAUCUAUCGCAGAAAAGAAAUAUCUUUCUCUCUGUUUGUGUCAUUUGAAGGAGUCACAUCAGGAGCUGAACGAGCAGCCAUCCUCUCAUUGUUGAGCACUGUAUUAACGUUCAUUUAUUUGUACCCUGGCGUCGUUUUCUGACCGUUAACGAUGCCGCUGGGUUUGAAACCAUGCUGUGCUGUCUGCAAGACGAACUCUUCCUCGAUGUGGAAGAAAGGAAACCAGGGAGAGAUCCUCUGCAACAACUGCACAGGAAAGAGCAGCAGCUGCGGAGCAUCAGGGCCCUCCAUGUCCUCCAACACUCAGCCCAGCAAUGGCGGGGGAAAGCAGUCCAAGCAGGAGAUCCACAGGAGGUCUGCCCGGCUGAGAAGCACCAAGUACAAAGCUCCGGCAUCUGAGAAGAAGGUGUCAACAAAAGGAAAGGGAAGAAGACACAUAUUCAAACUCAAAAAUCCAAUCAAAGCACCAGAAUCUGUUGCAACAAUCAUCACAUCUGAAUCAGUAUUUUAUAAGGGUGUAUACUACCAGACAGGAGAUGUGAUUAAGGUAACAGAUGAGGAAGACGGGAAGUCUUACUAUGCCCAGAUUCGAGGCUUCGUGCAGGACCAAUACUGUGAAAAGAGUGCUGCACUGACCUGGUUAAUCCCCACACAGGCUAGCCCAAAGGACCAGUUUGAUCCUGGGACAUACAUUGUUGGUCCAGAGGAGGAUCUGCCCAGAAAGAUGGAGUACCUGGAGUUUGUGUGUCACGCCCCCUCUGAAUAUUUCAAGUCACAGAGCUCUCCGUUCCCCACUAUCCCCAUCCGACCAGAAAAAGGCUACAUCUGGACCCACAUAGGACCCACUCCAGCCCUCACUGUCAAAGAGUCUGUCAGUGGCAGCAGUUAAAAAAACUGUGAGAUGGACUUGGUCUGUUGCUUUUUAAACAGACAUAUGUACAUUUAUGUAAUAUAAAGAAGAAAAAAAUGGUUAACCUCAGCCAUUACUUCAGAUUGAAGGCGAGUUGUAAGUAGAUACAAAGGAAACCAGGAAACUACAUUUCAAACAAGAUGUUAACAUAAUACUUUUGUAUUUAGUUAUACACAAAAAAGCUCUUUUCCACCAUCCCUUCUGUCUGUGAUUGUUUAAGAAAAUUGUAUUUAUUGAGUUGCUGUGUGGUCAAUAGACUAACAUGACUUUUUACACUGUUAUCCCCUUUUUAUUUUAUUUUUCCUUUUGUGAAUUAAGCUAUAAAUAUCUUAAUUAUGGCAACAAUAAGUUAGGUGAUGGAAACAGUGAAGAGCAGCAGUUGAGUGUUACAAGUGCUUAGUGUCAAAGCACGAGAUACUGCAGUAAACAGCAGAUGUGAUGCGGUUGUCAUUCCUCGUGAUGUUCACCUCAUUUACAGCUGAGUUGUAUGAUGAUGCUCUACAGUGGUGUCUGUGUUCUUAAAAAGACCAUUCUGCGAUGUAGGAAACUGGUGGUCAAGACAGCGCUUUCACCUGAAUACAGCAUCUAGAUUAUACAGAUUAUGAUUUAAUUGAAAUGAGUCAUUCAUACCCCUACAGUAUUGACAGACAACAUUCGUGAUUCAUAUGAGCCGAAAUAGAGUGCCAUCAGUCUUAUAGAGGGAUAUACCGUGGAUCCAUCUUAAUACUGGUAAAGCAUGUGUAAAUGUACACACAAGACAAAUUAUUAAAAUAUUAGCCUAAAUUUUAUUACAGUUGUGGCCAAAAGUUUACAGUUGUAAAGAACAUGUAUGUCAUGGCAGUUUGAGUUUCCAAUAAUUGCUGCAACUCCUAUUUUUCUGUGAUCAUUGAAUCAUUGGAGCACAUACUUCUUUGUCACAAAAAAACAUUCAUGAAA